ACUAGCUGUAGAGGAAAUCCCGCACAGCCAUUUUUUAAAAUUUGAUAAAAUUUUGUCUAGAUAUUAGAUUAAUUCUUAAAAUCGUUUAGGCAACUGUUAAAUUCGCUAAUUAUUACUAGAGUCUAGAUCUAUAAAUUUUGUUAACAGUUCCCCAGUUAGGCCUAGUUUUUUUUUAAAAUUAAUAACAUAAGCCUGUGGUGUUAGUGAUGUAAUGUUUGUAGGCCUAGAUUAUAUUGUAGAUCUUGUGCCCUACAAAGUUAAUGUAGAAUCUAGGUCUAUCUAGAUAUAUCUAGACCCGAACCAGUUAACCAACAUUUGAAAUAUAAUAAUCUAGAUCUAGUAGUCUAUAUAGAUUAUCUAGUCUAGUAGACUAUAGGCCAUAGGGACUACAUUUAUUUAUUUACUCUGUUACUUUUGUUGUAGGCCUAGUACAACAACUUAGUUAGACUUAGAUCUAGAUCUAGUUAGUCUUAGUUAGAUCUAGGCCUAAGAAGUACUAGAAUCUAGAUCUAGUAUUACUAGACUAUGGAGGAAAGUAGGAUUGUUGAGCAUGCUGUGUAUCUAAAAUACAGUGAACGCCUCAGACAAGAGAUUCAUGAAAUAUUUGUGAAAUACAUAAUUCCUGACAAUGUGAUACACAUAUUUCAUAAGUACAGCAGACAUAUAUUCACUACAAAAGAUGUGGAGUUUAUAACUGCACUUGCUAACAAUAAAGGAAAUACAGCAGGGGCUGAGGAGCUACUGAAUCGCCUCAGUAAAUAUGAUGGCUGGUUUGAGUGUUUGAUCAAAGUUCUAAACAAUGAUGAGGUUAAACUUAAUCAUAUUGCAGUGGUUCUAGAAAAUAUUCAAGAAAAACUAUGUAUGAAUAUUUCUCAAGUAUCUACCUGUGAGAAUGAAUCUCCUACUCCUGUUGAAGAAAAAACCCAAUCAGAAAAACUAAAACAUGAGGUUGAUAUUCUCAGAGCUGAGCUAGUUACAACAAAAGAAGAACUUGAAAAAAGAAUUAAACAACAUGAAACACAAGUAAAAUGUUAUGAACAUGAAAUAAAUCAACUUAAAAACAAAAGAGAUGUCAAAGAUACAGUUUAUUCAGAUGCUUUACAGACUUUUGAAUAUCCUGAAAAGGAAAUAAAUCUACUUUUGAUUGGCCGAAGUGGAGUUGGGAAAAGUGCAACUGGCAACUCAAUCCUGGGUCGCCAGGUGUUUGAAACAGAUGCCAGCAUAGCAUUGAAACCAUUUCCUGGCACUGUACAAUCUGCUGAAGUAACAUACAAUAAUCGCAUCAUAAGAGUCGUGGAUGGCAUAGAGUGGGGAGAAGAUGAAAAAUCAUUAAACCUGUUUUUUGAAAGUGUGAAGCAUGCUUUUAUGUCAAACACUAGAGGAUUCCAUGCUCUUCUCAUUGUUGAGAAGUUUUGUAAUUCAUUUUCAUUGCAGAGCUAUGAAAAUAUUUUGAAGUUUUUAAAAGAAAUAUUUUUUGAAGAAUUCAUAACACGAUUUUGUAUUCUGGUUAUUACUAACGGUAAAGGUCUUGAAACAUUGUUAAAAACUCAGAAUAUAACAUUUAAAGAGUGGUGUACAAGGAAAAGAUAUUCUACAUUUGUUACAAUUGAUGAUUGUGUUAUCGCUGAUAAUUUGAAUAGCACUUACUUAUCAAAUCCAAUUGUUCUUUUUGAUAACAAUACAACCAACCAUGAAACACAAAGAGAACAAAUAGAUGAAUUAGUUGAUUAUGUUAAUAGGAUACAAUACUGUGGGCACCGAUUUAGUUUUUCAAACUUGGCUCAAGUAGAAAAAAAAAUUAAACAAAAGCAAGUUUACUCUCACAAAAAAGACAUUUGUAGUGAAAAUUUAAGUCACUUAAUUGAAAUUCUGACUAGAACUGAAGAGCUGUUUUCAAUUACUUUCUUAAAUAUAAAUACAAAAAUUGAUCUAGCUUCAGAACUUCAUAAUGAAACAAAAGAAAUUCAUAGAAGUAUAAUGGAUAAAGAUUGCGGUAGUGGAGUACUGAAAAAAAGAAUUCAAAUGAACAGUGAUCUAUGUGAAUUACUACUUAACAUGAAAAAAACUUUGAAAGAUUUUGCCACUGAAACAGAAAAGUUUAAAGAAAGAACAAAAAAAUGUACAGAAAAAAGGGAGGCUCUUCUUUUAACAUUGCAAAGAAUUACAGAAAAAUUGCAAUCUUUUGAAUCUCACAUUGCUGAAGAGCUUCAAAGUAUUAAACUUAAAUAUGAAGAGGAAUAUAAAAUUAUAAAAUUGGCGUUUAAAAAGAAAGAAGAUGAUGAAAUUAAACAAUUUAAACUUGAGAAAGAUAUGCUAACGUCAGAGUACAGAAAACUUCAAAAAGAGAAUUCUGUAAGUCUGAUGUAUGAAUCAGAAAAGUGCCAAAAAUUACGUGAUGCAAUAGAUGAAAAAACUCACAUUUUUGAGUCAAAGUUAUAUACACUACAAGCUGAGGCAAAAAAGGCUUUAGACAAACAAAAACAGUUGUGUGAUGAACAGCUGGGAAUACGGGAAGUUUCUUUAGAUGAUGAAAAAAUGUCUUUACAUAAUCAAGAGAAGGAAAUAAAUAAAGAAUUACAAAUUAUAUUAUCACAAUUGAGUAAGUUGAGCAUACAAGAAGUCAAGUGGAAAGAGAGUUUAAAUGUUUUGUUUUUUGAAAUACAUAGUCAGGAUUAUAGGAGACUCAGUAGUGAGAUUUUGAUAAAAAGAGAACCAUCAAACCAUCACAAAUUGUAUGAGCCUGAAGUUAAAAAUGAGAUCUGCUGUUUGCAAUAAGAUCAAUCAUUUAAAAAAAAUAGAAAAGCUUGCUUAUUUUAUUUGGUCAAACAUAGCCUAAUAUGUAAAUUCAUUUGGACUUGUUACACACUGAAAAACCAUAUAACACAACUGUGCAUAUAAAGUAAAUAGUAAUUAUAAAUAUCCUAGAUUUAUUCACUUAAUUUAUUAUUCCAAAAUUUGAUACCAUUUUUAAUUAGGUUGACUUUAGUUUAAUGAAUGUAAAGCUUUAUCUAUAUUUAUGUAAUGUUAUGUAUGCCUAGUUGAGUUGUUAUGCAUUUAGACCUUUAAACGACCAAUGCAUUCAAAUGAAGGGCCAAUAACCAAUUCAGUUUGUUUGGCUUUUUGCAGACUAAAUGUAUUUUCCGUUAUCUUACUAAUGUUUGUUUUAAUCUAUUUUUAAUCUAUUUAUUUACUGCCAUAGCAUCAAUGGACGCCAGCGAGAAAAGUCUCAAAGCACGCAAAGGUAUUUGAGAGGUCCAUAAAUUAAUUUAAAAAUCAUGCACGGCGUAGUUACAAUUAAUAUUGUUAUACAAUACUGCAUGUCUGUUUUUUUUUUCGGAAUUUACUAAAGAUUGGAUUAAUUUGAUGUUUUUAAUAUUUUCGGUAACUAAAUUACUAAAUACAAAUUUAAAAAAAGCAAAAACAUUUUGGUUUUCACGUGUAAUGGCGACAUAAACAAUGGCUGCCAUAAAUUUUAUUGUACACACUGUAAGCUAAAAAAAGAAAAACUAGGUCAUAGGGUUUAAAGUUGCAUUGUUAUUUAAAAUCUUGAUCUUCAAAGUUUUGUAAACAAAUAGUUAUCGAUCACUAAGUUACUGUACAGCCAAUCAAUAUUUGUCUUACGAAAGUGAAACAUCCGGUUAUAACAUAGGCUUGAUGAAAAUAAAUAGAAAUGUAGCCUUAAACUCAACAAAUUAUUUUCAAGUUCUCUGGAUCUGCAACUUUUAUAGCAUUUAUUCUAAAAAUAUAAAAUUUCUAAAUUAAUUUUAGGCUUAAGUUUUUACUUUUUUUUUUUUUAACGGUCCUAAAUCUAAAAAAGCACAUUUUUAUUCCAUGUCAACAACAUUAUGGAAGGAUUCCCGUCUACUCGCUGGUGUCCAUUACGGUUACUUUCCAUUACUAUUUGCCAAAUAAAGUGAAAACAGUA